AUGCCAAAAUCCUAUCGUGAAGAUUCAACUGAUGCUAGCUUUGAUGAAGCCGUGGAAGACGACGAGGCCGAUGCUCUGGUAGAUGUGUCGAUCGACGCAUCAAACCUGGAUCUCGAAUCUAUGCCCACCCGCUCUUCCAAACCCAAACGUCCUCGGCGCGCUGCAACCACCCCGAAGCCAAGGCAGACUAAACGAUCGAAACCUAGCAGUCAAGUUGGAGGAGUCUUGCACAAACGUGCCAAGACAGAUGAGGAUGACCCGAUUUUCUUAUGCUCCGGUGUUAUUCCUCCUUGGCAAACUCUCCCCUACCAAAUUCUGCUUGACAUAUUCUUGCGCGCGUCGCAUCCAUUACUCGACGAAAGCCGUUCAGCCCGCAAUGACUCUGUAAAAUGGCUAGUCCAUAUCGCUCUUCUGUGUCGAAGCUUUCAUGAGCCUGCGCUUGCCGCACUAUAUCAUUGUCCUCCUCUUCUUCCUGCCUACAAGAGCCAUGUGCUCCUCUCUCUGUUGGCACGCCCGCAAGAGUCUCUCUCGAUGAAUUACUCCAGCAAGAUCAAGCAACUCCAUGUUGAGGUUGAACCAGUGCUCAUUUAUAAAAGUGGACCCUACGGCUACUUCGACAUUUCCCAGUUGAUUGCGAAGACACCUCGUUUACACACGGUGCGGUUGUAUCACAAAGAUGAUUACACGGUGGGAAUACCUCCCUGGCACAUUGUUCAAUCUAAGUGGACGUAUCCAGACUCUCUCUUUUCCGCCAUUGAGAACCGUGGCGUUACCCUUCGUAGCUGGGAUUGGAACAGCCGCUUUUUAGAAACAGAUGAGCUUAUCGAAAUGAUGGUCAACAUGCACUCGGAACGCGCUUUUCAGGGGCUCAAAGAGCUAAAGUUGCUCCACUUCGAUAAUUCCAACGACGAAACUUCCGCUGUCAAAGAGGCUGGCCUCCUUGAAUCUCUUGAUAUGCUUCCAGACCUUCAGCGACUGGAUUUCAUUGAAAGCUCACUGGUCAGCGGGGAAAUACUGACUAAUCUACCAAGUACUCUCCAUUCGCUUACUCUGAACAACUGCGAUCGUUUGUGGUCAUCAGACCUCACGGUCUACCUGUCCUUGCAUGGGACCAAUCUCCGAGAGCUCAGCCUAAGCCAUAAUCGCCAUCUCAGCAUGUCUUUCAUUCAGAAUCUAGCCCAAUGCUGUGAGAAUCUCGAAGUUUUCAAGAUGGACCUUUCUAUGCAUGAUGCAUCCAGUUACCACGAUGUCGAACCCCACUUUGAAGAUCUACUUGUCCAAUCUGAAGUCCCCACCUGGCCAGUGAAGCUCCGGGAAAUCGAGCUCACCCAGUUACGCAAAUGGGAUGACGCUACUGCGGAGGUGUUUUUCACUUCGCUGGUGAAUGUAGCACCCAAACUUCGUGAUUUACGUCGAUUGGUCAUUAGCGCAAUUUUGAAGGUUGGCUGGCGUGACCGUGCUACUUUUCGUGAACGAUGGAUCGGCCUACUUGAAAAGGUAUUUCUGCGACGAAGCAAGCCACCCGACCACAACCUCCGCUCUUUACAAAAGCGCUCGCUCAAACCUACCACACUCAUCACAAGGAAUGACCCUGAUGAACUCGAUGUUGGAAUUGAAAAUUCACGAAAAUCCACGGCUGAUAGUGGACCAUCGACUUUCUCCAAACGUCAAAGCACUCGGCUGGCGCAUCAAAAAAGCAUUGAAACUGACGAUGCUGCCAGUGGUUCUUCGUUAGUGGGGACUCCGCAUCUUGAAGCGGUGAAGAUGCAGGGAAUGUGCGAUGUUGUGAAUAUUCGGAUCGACAACCAGCGACCAACUGAAUUGCAAUUCAACGAAAACGAUUUUCUUGACGACGAACUCAGUGGCGACGAGGACUGGGCUGGCGAUGACUUCUAG